GUAAUUCCCUGCAGCGCUUGGCCAGCUAACAUAAUUGAGAGGGCUUUGAGAUCUGUUCAUGAGCAAUGCAAGAAGAUACUUAUCAACAAACAACUACAGUUGUUAAUAGUUAUCUUGCCUGAUUCUGGUGGUUCAUAUGGACCUUGAUCAAGACUCCAAAUGCAGCUCACGGAUAAGGCUAUGGAUGGGGUUGGAAGGCUCGGGCUUGCGGAGGGUCGUGGAUAGCUCGAUCUCACGGAGAGGUCAUGGGUCAAAACUUGAAAAACUUGAAAAGCAGGAAAACCUCGCUGAACCCAUUAUUUUCAUGUUGCUGUGCCACAUCAGGGGGUAUUCUAGACAGAGUUGUUGAAGCAGAGGAUAAGAAACGUGGAGAUAUUCUAAGACUGGACCAUUUCAGCUCAAGAUCUGUCCCAUUUUUUAGCAAGUAUCAGAAUAAUACAGAUGAUCUAAUAGCUGAUAACAUUAUAGAUAUGAUGAUCCCAGGAGAGGAUUCAGUUCCUGUUCUUUUGACUCUUGCAGUGAAAUAUCUCUCAGAUUGUCCUGCUGCCCUACAACAGUUACUGGUUUUUGGAAAUUAUGGCUCCUAUCUUUUCUCGAAAAGCUUGGCGGUGUGUAUGGCACAUGAUUCAGGUAUAUUGAGAUGAUUUCUUUGGAGCAAUUCUUGACAACAUUUGUAGUUGAGGCCUUUAGAAUGGAAGAAUGUAUUUCACUAAUUUUUGUGUACAUUUCUUGUUUUGUAUUUAGUGAUAAAGGAAUCUAAAUUGGGCAUAAAUUAUGUUGUAAUAUGAUUUCUUAAGCCUAGACUAGUAGACUAAAUAUUGUAAUUACAUUUUGAGUAAUUAAUAAAAAUAUAUUUAUGUUACCUUA